AUGAUGGCACCGCUUGGACUGGAGACAAAGACACAACGUGGCAUCUUUGUCACGUAUAUAGGACUCUGGGUGGGAUACGGAAUCCUGAACGAGGUGGCGAAGCGACAGGGACUCUACGUUAUCUAUGACGUGUUGUCAUACAUUAACCUGCGCGCCUUCGACGCUGCAACCUACUUUCUUCUGCUUCAAUUCCGACUCGUGGUGACGGGCGUAUUGCACCAAGCAAUGUUCUCCAAGAGACUUAACCGGAAUCAGUGGAUCUCAUUAGGUGUUACUACGGUGGGGUGUGGCAUUAAGACAUUAGGUUCACGAGACACGAACGGUUCGACCAAGCUGGAAAUCCAUGGCGAUAGCCCUACACUUGUGACUUACGGAUUGUUAAUGGUGCAGAUGCUCAGCAGUACGUUUGCUGGUGUAUACAAUGAAGUUCUACUGAAAAAACAAGCUUUGAUUCCAGUAAAUCUGCAGAAUGUAUUCAUGUACAUCGACUCGCUUGUCUGUACGCUGGCCAUGCUGGCGCUGGGGGUUACCGGACAGACGGCUCAAGAGGCGCUCACGACUACUAACUUCAGUGUGCUUUUCUCACCUUAUGUGUUGCCAAUGGUGCUCAUAAUGUCAGGUAUUGGCGUGGUCACGAGUCUCUUUUUAAAGCAGUUGGAUUCCAUCCGCAAAGCAAUUGCCAGUGCACUGGAACUAGUGUUUCUACCAAUGCUCAGUGCUGUGUUUUUCAGCUACCCGAUCACACUGUACACAGUGGCUGCGGUGUGUUUGGUGGGCUUUGGAGUCUACGUUUACUCGCUGCCAAUGGAAAUUACAACUGUAACACGAUACCUGCCCCAAUAUGCUAAAGUAGCGUCGAGUGAAGCAAAUGAAGGAGUGAGCAACAACACAGAUAGUAUUGCUGACUGUGAGUCCAACUCCAUCAGCAAACUUGCUUAG